GGGUGCAGAGCCGCGCGUCAUCUCUCCAGAGCAGGACGCAGCCUGGCCUCGCUCCCUGCCUCUCCCCUGGCUGCUUCCCUCGCUCUCCUGCUCGGAGCGGCUCCAGGUGUGAGCUAUGAGGGUAUCAAUACCAGCUGUGGCAGUGUGGGGGAGAAUUGCUCCCUCUCACAGCAUCACUGCCAUUAUGAUUACAGAUGACCAGCAGACUAUUGUUACAGGAAGUCAAGAGGGGCAAAUAUGUCUCUGGGAUCUUUCAUCAGAAUUAAAGAUUUCAUCUAAAGAAAUUCUCUUUGGCCAUACUGCUUCUGUAACUUGUUUGGCAAAAGCAAGAGAGUUUGAGAAACAGCCAUAUGUAGUAAGUGCUACUGAAAAUGGGGAGAUGUGUGUUUGGAAUGUCACUAGUGGACUGUGCAUUGAGAACACAAAGCUUCCUUAUAGGCAUACAGCAAUCUAUUAUUACCAUUGCUCGUUCCGAAUGACGGGUGAAGGCUGGCUUCUGUGUUUUGGAGAAUAUCAGGAUGUUCUUAUUAUUGAUGCUAAGACUUUGGGUGUUCUGCACACUUUGUCUUCUCAGUCUUCUGAUUGGAUAAAUUGUAUGUGUAUUGUUCACUCUGCAAGAAUUCAAGAAGACUCAUUGGUUGCUGUGUCUGUAACUGGAGUUCUUAAAGCAUGGGACCUAUCUUCAUCUUUGACCAGCAUACAGGAGAGGCAAAAUGUGUGUGAAAAGGAAUCAAAGUCUCUGGGCUGUACAAACUGCCGAGCAGUACGGUUUUGCACUUACACAGAAAGGCUCCUUCUGGUUGUGUCUUCCAUAUGCUGGCAGGUCUAUGAUUAUUGUGAUUUCUCCUUGCUGUGUACUGAGUUCUGUAAGAGUGGUCAGUGCUUUGCUGGUGGAGAAGUACUAGCAGCUUACAGGCUUAUCAUCUGGACAGAAGAUGGUUACAGUUACAUCUACCAGCUGCUAAACAGUGGACUUUCCAAAAGCAUAUAUCCUGCAGAUGGGAAGGUGCUGAAAGAAACUGUUUAUCCUCAUUUACUCUGCUUUACUGAUGUGAAGGAAAAUAAGAGUUUCCCUUUUGUCAUGGGGUUUAUGAAUGAAAGGAAGGAGCCUUUCUAUAAGAUUCUUUUUUCUGGUGAAGCUUCAGGAAGAAUCACUCUGUGGCAUGUUCCUGAUGUUCCUGCAUCAACGUUUGAUGGUUCGCCACAAGAAAUCCCAAUUUCAACAACAUGGACACUUCAGGAUAAUUUUAAUAAAGCCCAUUCAAUGGCAGAGGGCAUUAUAGAUCAUCUUUGUGAUUCUAAAGAUGGAAUUGAAAAUGCAGUUGUGACUUCUUCCGUGUACAUACCCAGUCUGGAUAAGCUUGUGUGUGGAUGUGAAAAUGGGGAAAUUUUCAUAACGCCAGGUCUAGAAACUGCAAGAGCAAGACUUCUAGAAAAUGUGUCUUUGAAAGGUAAUCUACCUCAUAAAGUUUUGAAUGGUCAUAGUAGCAGAGUUACAUGUUUACUUUAUCCACAUGGUAAUUCAGUAAGGUUUGAUCCCAGCUGGCUGUUAUCAGGGGGCCAGGAUUCUACUGUGAUCUGUUGGGAUAUAUUUACUGGAAAAAUCUUGCACCGAUUUAGUCUGCAAUCUGGGCCAGUGACAGAGCUAUUGAGAUCUCCAGAAAACUGCAAAUUGCAGUAUCAUAGCGUAGUGUGCUGCGUGUGCAGUGAUCACUCAGUAGCAGUUCUACACCUUCAGAAGAAAGUUUGUCUCUUACAUGCCAGAAAGCAUCUGUUUCCUGUGAAGAAGAUAAAAUUUGACCCCAUGGAAGGUCUGCUAAUUGUUGGGUGUGAAGAUGAUUCGGUUUAUGUUUGGGAAAUUGAAACAGGCACACUGGAACGACAUGAAACAGGUGAAAUAGCAAAAGCAAUCCUUUCUUCCAUUGGAGAUUCAGAAUACUUAGUGGUGGAUUCUCUACAUCCUGUAUCUCAGGAGUCAAAAAGAAAUAAAAAUGUUCAAUACAAAUCCUCCAGCUCUUAUAAGCGUGGUAUGAUCUCUUACAAUCUUACUCAGACAGAAAAAUCUUCAGAUAAGGUAAUGGAUAACAGCCUUAUUCAGCAACCCUUUACUGUUUUACCAGUUAAGCCAAAAUGGAACAAUGCAAACUUUCAUGUUCUCUUAUUUGAUCUGGAAAAACUUGUGGAUCUUCUGCUGUCGUAUCAACCCUGUGGAUUAAAGUCAUCAAACUCAUUCCACAACUAUGACACUCUAGAAAGAGCCAAAAGUACUACUGAGAAAAGAGCGCUGACAUUAAAAAGAAAUAAAACUGCUGGGUUCACAUUGUCAGUGGAUGGACAAGUAGAUACUGUUUAUGCAAACCAAGUCAAUAGAGAUUCUAACACAAUUAGGCCUUUGGAAGAAAGUGGUGGCAUAAAAAGGCAGAAAAAAAUGAAGAGUUCAAGAAAGACUAAAAUGCAGCCAUCAGGAAACAUUGAUGUGAACAUCACCACAGAUACAGCUAAACUGCUUUUGUCAUGUCUCUUACCCUGGGGUGUAGAUAAAGAAAUAGAUGAUCUUUGUGUUGGGCAAUUAGAUAUCUUAAGGCUGCAGUGUCCGGUUGCUUUUGGACUUGUGUCAAAUGAACGCCACCUCUCACUGAUGUUGCCGGGAUGGAAAUGUACUGAUGGUGGUGUGCUAGAAGAGCACACUUUAAGCAACUUGUUUUCAAAAAGAGUGCUUGAUUUAUCAAACAAGUAUCUUGCUGCAACUGAAGGACGCACUGGUGAGAGAGAUGGAACAGUGGAUAAUGUUUAUGGAACAAAGGGUGCAGAAAUAAUUUUUUUCUUAUUAAGCAGAAUAGUUUUAAUCAACAGAGUUUUUAACAUGCCUUCAGCAGAUACGAGUCAAAUUGAAAGCCUACAGCAACCAGAAUCUGUUCACAACAAGUGGCAAAAUAUGGAAGCUGCCAUAUCUUCAUUUCCCAGUUUUUAUGGAGAGUUACCACGCAAUAAAAGUAGACGACAUUCUUCUGAUUUUGGGAAUGCUUCACUGCUGAAACUCAUUUGCUGUUGGAGUGACCAAUCUAUAAAGAUUAUUGAGGCAAUGCAAGCAGUGCUGUUGGCAGAAGUUCAGAGGACUAUGACAACCUUGAGAAAGACAGCAGUCUGCAGGGAGCCAUUGGCUACAGUAGAGAAUGGAAAUGUUAGUGUACUGAAGCAUGACAAGAGCUCAAACUCAGCAAACUUCCAAGAUGUGGAGGAUGCACCUGACAGAUGCGUCUUAGAAGAAUCUGAGAGUCCAGACGACAUGAAGGCACAUCCCUGGAUAUCUAAGGUGUGCUCCUGUAAGGUGUGUUAGAAGACCCCACUUAGCUGAAAGAAUACGAAGAUGCCCAAGAGCAGCCAAGACAUAAGAUAAAGGUGGAAUGGACAUGGGAUGGCUUACUGUGGUUAUUAUUUUAUACCUUAAGCACUUCAUUUUCAGAAGAAAUAUCUUCCAUAAUGUCAGCUGUUCUUUGCUGAUUUCCUAAUUCAAUUCACACUUCUCCCACUAAUAGAUUUACAGUUAUUUGAUUUAAUUUGAUAUUUCUAACAUAGAAAAUAUCAAGUCCUUAUUUUAGAUGUUUUUCACUAGCUACAGUAGUAAUUUCAAACGUUGAUUGACUGUAAAACUCUUGCCUCAGUUUGAAUAUUCUUUUGAAUGCAAUUAAUUUAAAUAAUCAAACUUAUUUUUUUCUCUCCUUUCUUCUCAGUUUUAUUGCCAAUAGCAUUUUAACACUAAGCAAAAUGAAAAGCAUUUGGCUAAUUUGAAAAAAUAGAGUAUUUUUUUUUCUUUAAAGGAAAAAUGCACUGGAAUAUUUAGAAACAAUAAAAUAUAAAAAACUCUGUGCUCACA